CUAGGCAACCGCGUUCUUCGGCACGUGUGUUGUAACAUGCAAGUCUACGGGAGACGAACUUUGAGUUGGGGUCACCUCUAGGGCCGAUCGCGCAGGGCUGAGUUGCUGAAGCGUGCUCUAUGAUGUGGAAAUUUUUGCUGUGACAACCGCAUUGCUAAGUUUAUCAAUGGGAGUUUUUGUGCUUUCCGCUCCCGUUGAUACCGAUAUCCCGCCACUCCUCAUCGACACCAACGCCACAACGACCACCACCAAUGUCACAUGCUUCCCUGAAGUCCAACUAACUCCCGACGAAGAGCAGAAAAUUCGCCAGGAAUUCGCCGAAGCCCGUGCGCAGACAUGGAAGCUGUGGAAAAGUGCCGCUUACAAGCAGCAGAUCACCGACGCCGAUAAACUGGAGCAAUACCUGACCAUACCGCUACCUUUACUGCGUUCAUCCCCGGACCGUAUGCGAGAGAUUCGCCGCGAGCUAAGAAAAGAGCAAGCGCCCAUCCACGACGCCGAGGACACGGCGGCCGCGUACAAACUGCAGCUGCGAACCGAAAACGUCUUCUCCAUCCCAAUGGCACUGCAGCCAGGCUGAGCGGUAUUAAGGCUGUACCGCCUGCAGGAGCUGCGACGUAAGUUUGACGACAUCGGGAAGCGAAUCGGCGGAUGCAGAGGAUGAAGCGCUCACGUACCAGCAGCCGGUAAAGGAGAAUGCUGACCCCGAAAGCCGAAAGGUCAACGCGCUUAUGCCGCAACCCACGUCAGCAGUGUUGCCCGGGUUACGAUUAUUCGCAGGCCCUCAUCUCCGUAAUGGGUUGGACAUAACAUGCCGUCUGUUUUGUGUGUUAUCGUAAUAAGUAAGCCUUUCUGCUCGGUGAUUUAUCUGUAAAAAAGCCGCUUUCCUGGUAAUUUGCUGUUCGAUGUUGUAAGUUUGUAACGGAUAAGGUGCGACGUAAUGGCUGUAUAUGAUUACA